CAAUUUCCAUAAUAGGACACAUUGACAAAAACCGACAGUGGGGUUUGUUGUUUGCAGAUAUGCAACACGAAACAUGGACAACUUGGGGGGAUAUGGCUUCGUCUUAUUGAUUUUCCUGCUUGUUAUGUCUCCACAAGAAUCUUAUGCUAGUAGCAACUGCACUGAACAUUGGUUAACAGUUUGUCAGAAUCAGUUCAAUGAGAACAACUUGAAGACAUGCCAGGAAAUUUUGGAAUUACGGUCUUGUCUCAAAGCUUGUGCUAAUAACAUUUGGCCAAGCCAUGCCAGGAUAAGAGUCCAGUAUGAAUCACUUAUGAACAAAGUAAAUUCUUUUCCUGACUGUUUACCACCAAGUAAAGUUCAUAGAAAAGUAUGUAGUGAGGAUCUUGUCAAUAGAUGCUACCAAAAAUUUAAUCGGAACUCUUCAUCAAUUUGCCGAGAGGUGAAAAAUCUGCGGAUGUGCAUUAGUGAACUGGCUGGUUGUCACGUUACAAAACAUCCUAAAUUUGUUUUAUCCAUGGACAUACUUGAAAAACACAGGAAAUGCUUCUUUGUCAAUUAUUCCCGGAUAUUGGAGGUCCUCAAGAAAAAAGAUAAUUCUCAAAAGCCAGUUAGUACUCCUCAAGCUGUUAAAACUCCUAAAACAGGAAAAUCUGUUCCAGUUGUGAAGAUGAAUGUGACAAUGAAACCUUCAGAGAGUAAAUCAGAACCACGAAGUGAACAUCUUCCAUAUACUUUUGUUGUUGUUGCAACUGUGUGUACAUGCAUGUUUCUUGUGGUACUGGUUGUCUUCAGCAUUGUACGGCAUACAACACUCUCAAAACGUCAAAGGAACUCAAUUGUGACAAGAGCUCCAACAAGAAUACAUAUCAGAACACAAAAUCGCAGAUACAGAACGAGAAGGCACCACCAUCAUCGCAAUCAUAGAGGACAUGUUGUUAUCCAGGGUGCACGGCAGACUGUCUCUGGAUUCUUUGAGGGGAAUGUUGCCCCUCCACCAUACAGCGCAGUUCUUGAUGAUAAUGAAAGUGUCAGAGCUGGUGACCCACCCCCUCCAUAUCGACCACCCUCUUGUAUGGCACUAGGUGUUAUUGUUUAGCGUUCAUUGAAACACAUUUGACUUGUCAUUCCAUGACAAUGGCUUGGCCUAUUGCCAUUGGUAGGGUCACUUAAAUUAUGCUAAAAAAAUUUGAACAUAAUGCUUUUCAGCAUCACCAUGGAAACACAGCAUUAUCAAGAAAAUUUUCAAGAAGUUUAGCCAUUAUGCCAGUAUUAUGCAUGAUGCUCUGACUAAAGCAUUAUGCAUAUAAUUAUGCUAGCAUGAUUUAUCUGACCCAAGCCACAGUGGCCCUCACAUCGGAGUGGCCUUCGAAAUUUCCAUUUUCAUUAAACUGAAGUGGUCUUGAGUUUCUGACCAGACUUUAGGAUACAGGAGUAUAGGUCAAAAGUUCAAGUAUCUAAUCGUAAGCAAGUGGGGGGCCUUUUUAAACUAAAGCACAAGUGAAAC